UGUUGACUAUAUACUUCGCAACAUCCUAUUGUCGUCGCUCGAAGUCAUUAGAUUUAUACCUACGCAAAAUGGCCAAAAUGGUUCGACCGACCGUGUUGCAAUGUGUCUGGGCAUUUGGACUUUUUGGAAUUUACGGUACGUUCGCGGGCGCUGUAGUGGCCAAAUCCACAAACGGUUCAGCAAAUUUUCAAAACGGUAUCGACGGCCUGGAAACCAGUCAGACUCGAAUUAAUCAAGUAGAUGGGCCUCCGCGGUCGGAAGGUUACCGGGUUACGGGUUCGACUUCAGACAACCGAGUUUCGGGUAAAGAUUACAGUGGUGGUUCAGUGAGCGGUUACCCAGUGGAAAACUCUUAUGGCCCACCCAGGGAUUACUAUUACGAUGAACGACCUGAGUACUUUAAUCCUUACGAUCAGGUCGGCCACCACCUGCAGAGUAUCGGACCUCCGCCAGAGAUGAUUUAUCAUCAGCGUCCCAACUCCCAUCUACAUCAUCAUCAGCACGGCGGCGGAGAAACCCAUAAUCCUGGAGAAUUGAACGUACAGCCAUUGCUGUGGCCUUUGGCUGGAGUCGCACUUCUCGGAGUGCUAUCAGCCCUUGUCAAAACCCCUUUGCUGUUGCAGUUGGGCCACAUUGGCCGCCGUCGCAGGAGAGACGCGAAUGACGGAGACGAAGGAAUUGCCGCAGAAACGAUAAAAUCGCUUCUGGAAAAGUUCGGUGACAAGGAACGACGGAGGGAAAAUCAACAAGAAGCGUGUCUAGUAUGCAAUAUGGUGGCGAACAUUUAUCAUCAAAAGUCCACUUGCGUCGAGAGAUCCAUCUGCGAAGUAAUGUCUCGGAAUGGACCAGACGGAUCAGAAACAGACAAACGAUUGUUAACCGCAACCAUUGCACAAGUCGUUGAAAAUGAUCAAAUUCCUGAGGAAUUCAAACAACGUUUGGAGACGGCUGAGAGGAUAGGUCGGAGCGGAUCGAACUGCGGACAGUUGUAUCAAUGCGGGAACGAUGCACCAGAAAUGGCGCGCAAAUAAAUUAAAAACAAUAUUUUACAUUAUAUGCUUACAUAUUAUUAACACAGUAUAUUCAUUUUCGAAUUGUACAUAAUUUUUACGAAAUACACAUUGCACAUUGAAAAAUUCGUCAACACAUCCAAUAAUUUUGACUAAUAAA